AGCUAACCGGUGCUGUUGUUGUCAGCUGUAACCUAGCAGCCACAGCACUACUGCAUGGAAACCGCUGGGUGGAUGUUUACUCCCAUUUUAAUUUAUCUUUAAUCUCCAUUUAUCCGACAGAGUGAUCUUAAAUGAUAACAUAUAUAUAUCACUCGAUCCUCUAAAUCCCAGCUUCUGACAAGCUAAUUCAGAAAAUAGGUGUUGCGUUGCAUUGCAUUUUGCAGCACUUUGUUGUGCACUUAAACGACUUUAUACAUGUCAAUGAGGUUCAAGUAAUGAUGAACACAACAACGUUUAGCCAUUGCUUCCUGACCACAGUGAGCUAGUAAUGAUUUAUCACCUUGCAGUCUACUCAAUCCCCGGUUAGCUGAAGUUUCACACACAACAGCCAACAUGCCUGCUGCUCUUGAUUGGGACAAAGUGUCCAGAAUUGACCCUGACACCAUCAUUCAAGGUCCAAAAAAAGAAGUGGACGAUGUCUUCCUGAUGUUCCUUUCGGCAGAAGAUUGGGAGGUGAAGGACAAAGCUCCGGAGGACGUUAUUCAAGUCCUCAGAGUGUCUCAGGCUCUGUUGAAGAUUAAUGAUCGGGAACUUCAUGUCGCUCUGGAAUUACUCGGUGAUAUUGAUACACAGCAUGAAAAAGAACUACAUGCAAAGAUGGCGAGGCUGGAACAAGAGCAUAAGCACCCCGGCACUGGGCCAGACACUCGCUUUCUUAGAGAUGAGAUCCGGCAGCUCGAGACCCAGCUGGAGCAAAGGGAGAAGGAACUGACCCAGUUAAAAAAGGAAAUGGGCAAGGAAAAGAAAAGCAACAAAGAGUUGAUUGUUCGAGCAGAGGAGGCUGAGGAUGAGGUUAAGAAGCUGAAAAGAGAGAAUGAGCAGCUCCAGCAGGACGUGGACUUCUAUCGUGGAGAGCUGGAACAGAAAGAGCCAGUACCAUCCAAAGAUGAGAAUGCUGAGACUCAGAGGAAGCUCAACUUGGCCAAUCGGCAGCUUUACCAAUGCUUGGAAGACCUUCAGCGGACGGAGGAUGAAAACCUGCACCUGAAGACACAGAACGAGCAGAUGCAGAAAAGUCUGGAGGAAUCUGUGAAGGAGAUGGAAAAGAUGACAGAUGAGUACAACAAGAUGAAGAUCGUUGUGCAGCAGACUGACUCCAUUAUGGACCAGCUCAGGAAAGAGAGGGAUCAUGCAAAGCUUCAAGUCAGAGAGUUGACAGACAAGAUUCAUAGCAUGACUGAGGAGAAUGACCCUAUUAUGGCAGCAGUCAAUGUCAAAGUGGAGGAGUGGAAGAGAGUGCUCUCUGGGAAGGAUGAUGAAAUUACGGUAUAUCAACAGAUGAUACGUGACCUGAGAGAAAAGCUGCGCUCAGCCCAGCUGGACUUGGACAAGAGCAAUAUUAUUGCCUUACAGCAGGCCGUCCAAGAGAGGGAUAAUCAAAUCAAGAUGCUGAGUGAGCAGGUGGAGCAGUAUACGGGGGAAAUGGAGAAGCACACGCUGCUUAUUGAGGAGCUGAAGACGUCCACAACUAAAGAGAGAGGUCUCCCAAUGACCAUGCAGCACAAGAAGAUGGAGGAGCUGAAGUCAAAGCUGGAAGCUGCAGAGAUCAGAGCAAUGGAAGCAGAGGAGGCUGUAAAACUAGCAGAAGCUCAUGCUGAGAACAAAGACAAAGCACUCAUUGAGGCUUCAAAUCGCUUGAGCCAGUAUGAAUCUGGCAUUUAUGGCCUGGAAGCGGCCAUUGCGGAUAUUAAAGAGUGUAAAAAUCAACUUAGAGCAAGAGAUCGAGAGGCAGAGGCCAUGACCAAAGACAUCAACCAGCUUGAGAUGAGAAUCAGUCACCUCAUGGAUGAAAAUGAGGAUUUUCGAGAAAAACUAGGCCUGGAACCACAGCAGGAAGUAGAUCUUACAGAGUAUAGGCGUGCCAAAGAUCUCAGACAAGGUCAAUACAAAGCAGAAAACCAAGUCCUCAUCAAAGAGAUUGAACGGCUUGAAGAGGAGAGACUGGAAUUAAAGAAACAAGUCAGACGCAUGGUGAAGGAAAGAGCUGCGCCUGCAGGGAUCCCACAAUCAAGCUUGCUGCUGGAAGAGGAUGUCAGGCCCAGCAGAGCAGCACAGCAGCCGCUCAAACAGAGUAGCACUCACACAGAUGAAGAGAUAAAACGCAAGAAUGAGUAUCUUGAAAACGAACUGAGAAAUAAGGAGAGAGAGCUGGAACUUCACAAGGCCCAGUUUCAAGUCAAAUUGGAAGAACUAUCAAGGGUGAAAAGAGAUUUGGAGGCAGCGCUGAAAGAUGUCCUUCACACCAUGAGGAUGAACCAAGAACCCACCUCAUGUGCCACUGCUGUCUCUAUUCCUAGUCUGGAAAGACUGGCUAAUGCUAUAGAUGUCAGCAACAUGAGCGGGCCUGAGUCAGCCCUGCAGCUUAUGUCCCAAAUACAUCAGCUGAUGGGGAGAAAUGAAGAGUUGAGGCAGGAACUGAAGUUGGCCCAUGAGGAGGCAACCAGCAGCUUCAGUCAGCUUGCCCAAGCCAAAGAAAAGGUGAGCCAGCUUGAAGGUGAAUUGAAAUUGCUGAGGAAGUCGGGUAGCAGUGGAGCCGUCCUCCGACCUCUGACCCUCCCUGAGGGCCUGGAGCCCAGCAGCACUGAGGUCAUCAAUUCCUUGAAUGAGUACGCUGUUCGACUUCUUCAGGAAGUGAAAAACAAAGAAGAAAAAAGCAAGAAACUUAUAGGAACACUGGACGAAUACAAGGAGAAGUUUGCUGUUAUCAGCCAUCAGCAAGGCCUCCUCUAUAAGGAAUAUCUAAGUGACAAGGCAGAGUGGCAAAAGGAGUCAGAGACAUUCACAGAGAUGAGGAACAAGCUGGAGGAGCAGAAGCAGGUGGAUGACGUUAAAAUCCAAGAAUUUAAUGAGCUACUGGACACCCUUCAGAGAGACCCAGAGGAAAUCAGGAGACAGCUGAGCGAAACGUUUCGCAAGUUGACAGUGCUGAAGGUUAACGAGAAGAAACUGACUCGUCGUUGCACUACCCUGCUGGAACAAGAACAGCACCUUCGCAAGGACAACAACAAGCUGAGGGACGAGAUCAGCCACAUGCAGACGUCUGUCACCCAGAGGAUGGGAUACCUGCAGAGAUACAAGGAUAUGGCUGCAUAUAAGAUAGCAGCCCUGCAGAAGGCCUUGGAUGAUAGCGUACCCUCUGCAGACCUGGAGAGAGCUAACAAACAGUACACAGAGCUAACAGUCAAAUACAGAGACAUUUUACAGAGGGACAACCGUCUCAUACAGAGAACCACCAACCUUGAACAUUUAGAGAGUGAGAACGAGUCUCUGCGAGACCAAAUCUCUGUCAUGAAAGAAGAACUGGAGAUUACGAAGGAGAAACUUAAUACAUUAGAGCAAGCAUGGGAGAACAUCAGUUCAAUAGGAGGGCAAAAUGCGAUGGAUAAAGCAGACAAGGUGUCAGUCAACAAUGAGACAGUGUCUGCUGCGAGAAGAAUCACCACUUUAGAGAUGAAGGAGUUGAAUGAGAGGCAGAGAGCUGAGCAUGCCCAAAAAAUGUACGAACACACGAGAAACUCCCUCAGGCAAAUGGAAGAGCGCAACUUAAAACUGGAGUCCAAGUUUGCAGAGUUGACCAAGAUGAAUGCAGAGACCCAAAGGGUCGAGCGGGAGUUGAGAGAUGAGUUGGCAGACAGCAUUAGCAAAGCUGUCAGUGAUGCCGACAGAGCCAAGAUUGCAGAGUUGGAGAAGGCAGAGGCUGAACUUCACAUCGAGGUUUCUAAGCUUCAGGAGGUGUCUGAUGUAGCCAUGACACAGGUGUCUGCUCUACAGGCCAGACAGAAGUCCAAAGAAAAAGAAGUAGAAGCUUUGAGGAGACAAAUACUGGACUACCAGUCACAGUCAGAUGAGAAGGCUCUUAUUGCGAAGCUCCAUCAGCACAUUGUGGCUCUACAGCUCAGUGAGUCAGCUGCUCUGGGAAAACUAGAGUCUGCAACCUCUCACAUCCAACAGCUAGAGGCCUGCAAGCUGCGUGCUGAACAGAAGCUGGAUGCCAGUGAGCACACUCUGUUUCUUGCCCGCCAGGAGGGCAGAAAUCGCUCCAAGCACCUACGGCAGACCAUCCAGUCGCUACGUAAGCAGUUUGCCGGAGCACUGCCACUUCCCCAGCAGGAAAAGUUCUCUGUAAUGAUGGUAAGCCUCCAGGAGGACAGAGCAAAAUCCCAGGAGGAGAAGAGAAAGGCAGAGGAAGAGAGGAGGAGGAUGGAGGGCAGGGCUGAGGAGCUCGAACUGAAGCUUCGAGGGAUGGAGGAGCUCAUCUCAACACUGAAGGAUGUGAAAGGGGCACAGAAGGUUACCGAAUGGCACAAGAAGAUGGAAGAAGCUCGCCUGCAGGAGCUGAGAAAAGGCAGGGAGCUAGUGGUCCAGAGAGAGGAAAUCAGGUACCUAAAGAAGCUUGUGGAGGAGCAGGAGCAAACCAUCCACUUGCUGGAAGAGGAUAUUGUUCAACAAAGCACUCUUCAAGAAGAGCGCCAGCUAGCAUGGGAUCAGCGAGAGGUGGAGUUGGAACGUCAAGUGGACCACUACGAGAAACACCAGAAUGAUAUUGUGAAUGGUCCAGAAAAGUUUGACGAAGGUACAGGAUCCCUACCAGACCCAACUCUACCACUAGCUCAUCAGUUGGACUUUGCUUUGGGUAAAAUCAGAGAACACGUCCGCACCAUCGUGGACACACAGGCCACCUGCAAAAGUCUGGACAAGAGGCUGAAAGAAAAAGAAGAAGCUCUGUGGAAGGCAGAACAGAACAUUGUGUCCAGGGAUAAAGUGAUCAAUGAGCUGCGUCUUAGGCUUCCAGCUGCUGCCAACAGGGAACGCCUGCUAGCACACCUCACCAAGUAUGAAGAGGACCAGUCAUAUAGUCAGCCUGCCCUCAAGCUGUCUCACCAGACCAUCAAAGACCUUCAGGGUCGACUUGACAAAAAAGAGAACGUGCUAAAAAAAUAUCAGAACCAGCUGGCUCAGGCGAGACAGGAGCAAGAGGAGAUGAUAAAGAGACAUCAGGAGGAGUUGAGAACGUUGCAUCAGAAGUUGGACUUGCACACAGAUACCUCCCUGGAUCGCUUCAAACAGACAGCAAUGGAAUUGAUGAAGAAGCCAACUAUCAGCGUGCCAACCUCCAAGCACCUGAAGCGUCUGGCGGAGUUAGAACAGACAGUGGCCGAGCAGGACAUUUCCCUCUGCUCCAUCACAGAGAAGCUGAAGCUGAGCGCCGCAGAGCUGGAGCGACAGAGGACCACUAUGCAAACACAGGCUAAGAAACACGCCGACGAGAUAUCAAAGCUGGAGGAAAACCACGUAGACAAGUUGAAAGUUCUGACUGGUGAGACUGAGGACCAGAGGAGCCAGAUAACACAGAUGGAGAAGGAGAUGAACUACCUCCGAACUGAGCUGGAGGCCCAGAAGGAGGCCAACGUCCGUUCCCCCAGCAACACCAUGAAAAACCUAGUGGAGCGACUGAAAGCACAGCUCACCCAGAAAGAGAAACAGCUCAAGUCUCUUAGUAAAGCUCUGUUGGAGCUGAGGGCCGAGAUGACAUCUGCUGCAGAGCAGCACGUCAUAGCAAGCGCUGCACAAAAAGAGGAGAGCCUCAAUGUACAGAUGCUGGUUGACCGACACACCAAAGACUUGAAGGCACGAGUGCAAGAACUUAAUGAAGAACUUCAAGCUGCAAAUGAGUCUGCCAAAGCAGCACGAAGCCGGGAGAAUACUCUGAAAGAAGAACUGGACGGAUUGAACCAAGACAUCCAGAGGUUUAACAAAACCCAGAGACGCCUGCAGGCGGAAAAGGAGGAGAGAGAGAAAGAAAUCCAGGAGCUCAAGCAGCAAAUCAAAAGGCUCACCAACGCCCUUCAGGGGAACAGAGGGACAGAUUUGGGGACAGAACCCGAUGGGAGGGGGCCGACCUUUGACAAUCUGCAGAAGAAGAUCAGGAGGCUGGAGUCUGACUUGGAGAAAAGAGCAGAAAGAAAAAAUGUCAAAGAUGAUCAUGGAAAGACUAAAGAAGAAAUUGCACGGUGGGAGGAGGGCAAGAAGUGGCAAGCCAGGAUGGAGAAGUUGAAGAGUUCACUGAAGGAGAAGGAACGAGAGAAUGAAUCGCUGUCAAAACAACACUGCACUCUUAAAGACCUCUAUGCCAGACUGGAGCAAGAGAAGAGUGCACUGCAGAAAAAGCUCAAGGCUCGAGGUGUGACUGCUGAUCGUGUGGUGGGAGUACGAUCCACUGAAAUGGAAGAGGAGAUGGAGGGACUGAAGAAGAACAACUCUGAACUGGAGGCAAAAAUCCUCACCAUAAGACAGCACCAGGCUUUACCUCGAGACGACGCCAUGGACAAUCUGAUGCUGAGGAACCGCUUCCUGGAGGAGAGGCUCCACUCCUUAGAGAGCCAGAUAUCCAAAGACCCUCCAUCGAGACCUUCAACUUCAGGACGAGGCACUGGCACUCCAUCACAGAGAGACCAGGAUGUUCAAAAAGAAAACCUCAAGCUGGCCUCUGAGAACCUGGAGCUGCGCUUUCAGCUGGAGCAGAUCAACAAAGACCUACCAAGACUCAAGAAUCAGGUUGCAGACCUUAAGGAGAUGUGCAGUGCACUGAAAAAGGAAAAGGCAGAGGUAGAGAAAAGGCUGGCGCACAUACGUGGAGCUGGUCACAGCGGUAAGACUGUGCCUGAGCUUGAGAAGACCAUUGGGUUGAUGAAGAAGGUGGUGGAGAGGGUGCAGAGGGAAAAUGAAUCACUGAAGAAAUCCAGCACCCCUGCAAAUCAAGACAAGAUCACUGCUUUGGAGCAAGAAAAUGAAAAACUAAAGGCUCAGUUUGAGACCUUGAAAAGCCAAAGCGAAGCUGAGCUGAGUUCAAAACUUGAAUCUAAAACCAAAGGACUGGAGAAAAUAGUGAUGGAAAAUGAACGUCUGCGAAAGGAGAAUAAAAGGGAAAUGGAGGCUGCCGGAAGGCUGAGAGUGACCAAGACAAACCUGGAAGCGAACAACGAGAAGCUUGAGGCAGAACUGGAAGAAACUAAGCAAAGACUGCGGACAGCUCUAUCCAGACCCAUCACAGAGGGAGCAGACAGUAAGACCUGGAAAGCAUCAGUGGUAACCAGAAUGUUUGAGAACAAGAUGAAGGAGCUGGAGAGGGAGCUCUCCCAGAAAACCUCCAGCCUCUCUGAGCUCAAACAGCAGCUGAAGGAGGUGAAAGAGCGCGAGAAGAAAGCUCAGACAAGCAUCUGGCAGCUUGAAGAUCAGGUUGACAUGUUGAAAAGGUUUCCUGCUGCUUCAAAGACUGAUGCAGGACUCGCCAAGGAGUUCCAGGAAAUCAGGCUGCUCAACACCGAGCUGCAGAAGGAGAACGCAGAACUGAAACAGAGGAUGAGCGAGUACACCGAGCGCUACGGUGAAGCGUCCUCUAAACAAGAUUACGGGAAACUUAAAAUCCUUCUGCAGGCAGCUGACACUGAGAAAACCAAACUUCAAACCGAAGUCAGAAAGCUCAAGAAGGAACUGGAGAGCUUUGACCCGGCAUUUUUUGAAGAGAUCGAGGACUUGAAGUAUAACUACAAUUUAGAGGUCAAGAAGAACAUUCUGCUGGAGGAGCAGCUGAAGAAGGUGUGCGAUCAGUUUGGUGUUGAGGCCGAGUUGCCCAGCGUGUCCAUCAGUUAACUCAGGAUCACGGUGCCUUUUGCUGCAGCUACAAACGGUAACGCUACAUCUGAAUGUAGUUUUAGGGUUGCUGGUUUUUAAAUUAAGAAUAUUUAAGUCCAACACAGUUUGAAUAUUAAAAUCACAUUCCUUACUUUGGAAAUUUAAGGUCAGUUUUUUCACUAAGGCAGCUGUUUUUGUGUUAAUAUGUUGAUAUUAAGAUCUUGCUUUUACUGUGUAGUAUAUUUAUAAGCUUUCUGUUUUUGCCAAUAAAAUUAUUUUAGUCCUGCA